AUCAUAUCUAGACUAGAUAAUCUAGUGAGAAGGUUUCGGCUUUUUCGGUCAUACAUAUUGUUCCUAUCCUAAUAGUAAUAUCCAUUAUCGUCGUCUCCUUGGUUCCGACCUUUUUGUCGUUCAUCUUUAGAUCUGUUAAGCCAUGGCUUCACUUAGUUAUUACUAGUUUGUGUUUGUCUUCUGUGUGAUAGUAUUUGUAAUAACCUGGUAUUUAAUUUAAGAAAUGGCAACUUUGAACCCUUUUGAUCUGUUGGAUGACGACGCCGAGGAUCCGAGCCAGAUCGCCGUCUCCAUAGCUGCUGAUAGGUCCAAGACGCCUGCACCUGUCUCACGCUCGCCUGCUAAGUCAGCUCCUCAGUCGAAGCAGCCUCUUCCUUCUCAAGCUGGUCUCAGAUCCACAAGGAGCGAUGCUCCACGUGGCGGUGGUGGAUUUGGCCGUGGUCGUGGCGGUAACAACCGUGAAGGUCCCGGAGGUAACAAUCGGUAUCCAGGGGGAUACAGUAAGCCCUCUGAGGAAGGAGGCGUUUCCAAGUCUUCUUAUGAGAGACGUGGUGGAGGUCCUCCUCGUGGUGGUAAACGUGGUGAAGUUGGUGAAGGUGAACGUCCUCGAAGGAUAUUUGAGCGUCGUAGUGGAACUGGCAGAGGGGGUGACUUCAAACGUGAAGGAGCUGGUCGUGGAAACUGGGGAACACCAGGAGAAGAAGUUCUUGCUGUCGAGACUGAAGAAGUUGCUGGGGUAGAAACUGAGAAGGAUGCUGUGGAGAAGCCUGCUGAUGAUGAUGCUAACAAGGAGAAUUCUGCUGAAGUGGAGGAGCAGAAAGAGCCUGAGGUUAAGGAAAUGACUUUGGAUGAGUAUGAGAAAAUACUAGAGGAGAAGAGAAAGGCCCUUCAAUCUCAGAACACUUCUGAGAGGAAAGUUGAUACUAAAGUGUUCGAGUCAAUGCAACAACUCUCAAACAAGAAGAAGUCUAACGAUGAAAUCUUCAUCAAGUUGGGUUCAGACAAGGACAAACGCAAAGAUGACAAAGAAGAGAAGGCUAAGAAGGCUGUGAGCAUCAAUGAGUUUCUGAAACCAGCACAGGGUGAGAAUUACUACCGAGGAGGUGGUCGUGGUGGGCGUGGACGUGGUGGUCGCGUUUCAAGUGGAGGGUAUGGUAGUAACCGUAGUGAAACUGCGCCUGCCAUCGCGGAUACUGCUCAGUUCCCAUCUCUUGGGGGCAAGUAAAAGAUCCAUCCAUGAACACGUCGAAAGAAACACUCGUGCGGGGGUCUUCUCCUUCAGUUUUCCUCUUCUGGUUGAAAUCAAGACUGAAGGAAUUCCCAUGCGAGGGUUUACUGUUUACCAGUCUGUUGUUGUCAGUUGUAAAUGUUUAGUUGGCGUCAGUUGUUUUUAGAUUUUGUGCAAACUUUUGCCUGACUUUUUUUUUCCACUUUUGAAACAUUACACUCUUUUAGUUCACCACUUAGUCGUUGUUUUGUUGUUUAUGAAACUUGUUUCAGACAGACAAGUCCAGUGUUAUCGGUUUUGAGUCUUCA